AUGGCGGAGGGGUCAACAUUCGACGAAAAGGGUAUGCCCGAGAUGUCGCAUCUACUCGAAGACUUCACAGACGAAGCAAAGACACGAUCAGUCGGAGCCGAAUCGAGCAGCCCCUCGCCAACAUUCCACGCCAACCUCUCAGGCCUCCAACGACCCCAAUGGUCGAGUCUCUUGUCCUUCUCCAAGCGCUUUCUUUUCUUCCUCCUACCAACAUUCAUCCAAUAUAGACUCUACCCCGAGCUCGCCAAGGUCGAACGUCUUCACCCCUCCGGCUACCUCGAUGGUAUGCGUGGUCUCGCAGCCCUUUUUGUCUUCUUCUACCACCUCUCAUACUCCAGCCACGAUGUGCUCACGGCCUAUGGUGGCACUGGCAAGCCUGACGAACAUCAUGAGUUCCUCAAGCUUCCCUUCAUUCGCUUCUUUUAUACUGGACCCGCAAUGGUGUCGAUCUUCUACGUCGUCUCCGGCUACGCUCUCUCGUACAAGCCUGUCAAGCUCAUGAGGAACAAGAGUUGGAAGGAUCUACUACAUACACUAUCGUCAGCAACAUUCCGUAGAGCGAUCCGUCUCUAUCUGCCUUGUUUCGUCUCAACUUUGAUGAUCGUCCUUCUGGUCCGCCUAGGCGCGUACGAUGCCACCCGUAGCAUUGCAUACGACGAGAAGCGCCUGACUCAAGUCCGCGAGUUCCACCUGGUACGCUACAAGUCUCUGUGGCAGCAGUUGACUGAUUGGGCCCAUAUGAUGUGGAUAUUUGUGCACCCCUGGAGUUUUGGCACAAAGGACACAGACAUCGACAUUGACAAACAUCUUUGGACUAUCCCAAUGGAAUUCCGUUCUUCACUGGUCUUGUACUUGACUCAGCUUGGUCUCGCACGCCUGAAGCCUAUAGUCAGGGCAUUGUCCUUGGUAGCUCUCAUCGUCUGGUGUCACGAGAAGGAUCGUUGGGAAAUGUUUCUUUUCUAUUCAGGCUUCCUUCUUGCUGAGCUUGAUAUUCGUCGACAGGCGCUGGCCGCUACAAAUCGGGUUCUACCUGUGGCCGAUUCCUCUCCUUUGAAGGCUUCACGACACCAGCAGUUAUGGACAGCUUUGUAUAUCUCUGUCUUCUUGGUUGGUGUCUAUCUCGGUGGUCAACCUCAGAACCACGUCGAGCACGCCCCUGGUUGGGCUACGCUCCAUUCUUGGAUCCCCUCCUACGCCUCACAUAAGCAACGUUAUUGGGUCGGUUGGGCCGCUCUCUUACUUGUUUGGUCUACUUCGAACUCUCCUCUUCUCCGACGUCUUUUCACGAAUGGCCCCGUUCAGUAUCUUGGCAAGAUCUCAUUCUCGCUUUACCUCAUGCAUGGACCUAUCACACACACCAUUGGCUAUGCUUCUAUGGAUUAUUUCUGGCGCACUAUUGGUGAAGAUACAUACGCGACAAAAGAGGUUGGUUUCGUUGCUGCUGCGAUUGUCGACAUUGCAAGCACGAUUUGGGCGGCAGACAUAUUCAUGCGCAUCGUCGACACCCCGACUGUACAGUUUGCUAAGUGGAUUGAGAAGAAAUGCAUUGUCCCGCUAGAAUAG